AUGGUGGUGGUGGUGGUGGUGGUGGUGGUGCUGCUGCUGCUGCUGCUACUGCAUCUUUUGUGUCUCCACAAGGGCGGCAUCGCCCAAGAUCGACCUUCCGUGACCAGAGAAGGAGAUGACCGAUACGUCAGGAGGGGGCCAGGAGGGGCAGUGUCAAUGGGUACAGCGGGGUACGAGAGAGGAAAGGACGUCUCGGAAGAGCUGCCGAGUGACGUGCACCGGGACGCCGUCUGUCUCCUGACCAAGCAGAGCAGGAGCCUUUAUGCCUCCUCCCCCACGGUCUCUCCUUGUCCCGCCUCGCUCCAGUAG